AUGCCAGCCGCGAAUGCUCCUGCGCAGAAACCGGCGGAAACGGCAGCAGCAGCAGCGGAGGCUCCUGUUGAAACCAUGGCAGUAGCAGCGGAGGCUGCGCAAGCCGUGGAGUUGGGCGAACCCCCCCACGCGGCGGAAACCGGCGGUGGCCCCCCGCAACUAGCGGAAGCGGCGACUCCGCCACCCGCGGUAGCAUUGGCGGAAGCAUUAGCGGAAGCAUCGUCGGCACAUGGCGGUGAGAGGCACAUGGCGCCCUUGGCGGACGCACAGUCGUACGGAUCUGCGGAGAUCUGGCGCAUGCUCAAGGAGAAGGGCGGCAUGCUCUGUGAGGGGCGAGCACGUUCAGCCAGCACGGCUGCGAGAUUCACAGCAGGGCGAUCGGCCUGGGCACGUCCAAGGUCAUUGGCGAG